GCGAGCUCAUUUCAUUCAUGCAGACUUGUGCGAGCAGGAGAUACCACACGGAGGUGGAUUAUACAGAAGGAAGAAGUCUUAUUUUCAAUUCAGUAAGAAUGAGGCAGCUCAUUGUCUUGGGGAUCAUUUUCCCUUUUCUGAAAGUUUGUGAUGGGGUUCUCCAUGCAAAAUCCCCAGUUCAGUCGACACCAUUUGGGAAUACCAAGAAUGGAACUAAUUUUAACGGCACAGAAAAUGGGAGAAAUAUGCUUGGAAAGCUGGGGGCUGGGGUUGCAUCUUCCAACAGUCCGCCUGUUGGUAACAGAUCUCCAAGGCAGGUGGGUUACACUGUGGAAAAAGGAGUGCAUAAGUCCAGCCCCAGUCAGAAACGUUCUUUCUACAGCAAACCUGGAAACGGCAAACCAAACUUUGAAACAGCCAGGGGAAAGAACUGGUGUGCCUACGUCCAUACAAGACUCUCGCCUACUGUGACAAUAGAGAACGCACAGGCAUACGUGAUGCAAACAACAAACCUAUGCCCGUUGAAAGCGGAGCAUUGCCAGCCUAGAUACCAGACGCUGAACCGCCCAGCCUACAGAAUGAGGCACAAGAUAGUGACAUCAUUGGAAUGGAGGUGCUGCCCUGGAUAUACUGGAGCUAACUGCCAACCUAAAGACCAACAUUUAAGGAGACAAGCGGAAGAGAAUCAAGCUGAGAGUCAGACAACUGGAGCUCAUAUGCCCCAGGAACCUCAACAGCCUCUUGAUCCAGCAUUAACGGCAAAAUUCAAUGACAAGCUAUAUAAUCAGGAAAUUAAACUGGGCCUACUGCGAAAGAAAGUGGAAAACAUUUCUGCCAACAUGAAUGAUGUGCGGAUUGUGCUGUACUCUCUGGAGGGAAAAAUAAAUGAAGAUAAAGGGAAAGAUCUGCAAUCAACCUCAAAAGCAACUAAAUCGAAAGGGAUUCAGGAGCUGGUAAAAGAACUUGUAACACAACAAGUUCAGUCGUUUCAAAACAACAUGCAGGAGAUGGUAGCUCAGCUCUACAAAGCUAUUUCAGGUUUAACUGAGGAAUUUGAAAGCACCAAAGAAGCAAUCAAUCAGUUAAAUGAUACCAUUUUGUCACUAUCUGAGAAUCCCCACUCCAAAUCAGUGAAGCAAAAUCCCUCAACUGGUACUGAACUACAAGAGAUUAGGGAUGAAAUGAAAGUACUUAGAGCUUAUGUAUCAGUGGCUUGUAAUGACACAUCUCAGAAGCUAAAUGGAAAGCUCAAGUCUCUUCAAGCAGAAUUGGAAAAGGAACACAAUAGGAUUGGCACUGUCUUUGAAACCCUAAACCAUACCUUUUCACAGGCAAGGGAAGCUCAUGAGAUGCUGGUUUCCAAUCAGAUGCUCCCAGAUAUCACCAUCCCCGAGGAACAAGGAGGGCAGAGAGAGGAAAGCUUCCAAAAGUAUUUGCUCAAUAUCACCGAAAAUGUCAAAAUGCAGGGCCGCCUAAUAGUCCAGUUGUACACUGAAGUAAAUGCACAUGGAUUACAGCUCUCCAACCUCACGGAUUCAGUUGGCAGCCAGCAGGACAUGCUGACUGGAACUUGCCAAGAGAUGGUCGAAGAAUGCAAGAGUAAAGUGGACAUCCGGAUGGACCAGAUGGAGAACCGAAUGCACAAUUUAACCAUGACGUUCUCUGAUACUUUCACCUCAUUAGAUGAUAUCCUAAACUCAAUGAAUGAGAGAAUCAGCAUUUUGUCGUACGAUGUUGAAAUCCUUCAACCUGUUACUGACGGGCAAGGGCCGCUCGUUGAAACAGGUGCCGCUGACCAUGGUGGUGCCGCUGACCAUGGUACUGCCGCUGUCCAUGGUGCUGCUGCGGACCUUGGUGCCGUUGCUGACCAUGGUGCUGAAGUUGCGGCUCUUGCUGAACGUUUAGACAAUCUCAGUUCCACGGUAGAGAGCUUAGUUGCGUUUGUCAAAGGUACAGCAGAAAGUCCACGGUUUGGAAAACAAAACCUAGCUGGAGAUGAGACACUCAACGGGUUUCUAGCUGAAUGCCGUCUCGAAAUUGAGGAUAGCCUGAAUGAUACGAUGACAGUUAUUAACGAUGCUGUCGAUUCCAUGAGAGAUGGUUAUUACAUCCUGAAAAAUAAUGUCACUGGCCUAAGGCAAUAUGCUUUGGAACUGUAUCACAGGAGUAUUGAAAAGCAGAAGGAUGUUUUGACUGUGAUCCCACUAUUUACUCAGUUGAAUGCCUCUUUUAUGGUGCUGCUGAAUGAUAUGGUGAGGCACCAGAAUGCUUUGAAAAUGAUGGGUGCCCUCCAGGAUCUGAAGGACAAUGAGACAAGCUUACUUCCAAAUCUAAUUACGAUGUCUCAGUUGUUUAAUAGAACUGUGGCCAGGAUUGAAGAUCACCAACAGCAGAUGCACCAUUUGCAGGAAAAUGCCCUUCGUUCCCCUCCAGAAACUAAAGACUAUGAAUCACGUGUUCUGGCACUUGAAUCACAGCUGAGCUCGAUAAUGGCCAGCUCAAAAUCUUUACCUAAAAUUAAGAAACCCAGAAUAACACAAGGCAAAGUCCAGCUUGCUCCUCCAAAAUACCAGGAGCUGAGCCGCAAAGUGUCAGGAUUGCAGUCCAAAUGGGUUAACCUGAAUGACCGGCUCUCCCAAAUGAAAGUGGAGACAGGGCAUACCUGGGGAUUUUGUCAGAAUUUGUCCCUGUUGGUAGCUCAGGUCAAUGCCAGUAUUCCACAGACUGCAUCAACAAUGGCAAAGCCAAACAUUACCGCCCUUCAAGAAGACCUGAGAGACUUCAUGCAGUCUAUCAGUGAGACCACUGUGGAGAUCUUUUUCACUAAUAUUACAGUGUUUAUGGAUAGGGCCAUCUCUAAUAUUAUCAGGAAUAUUACAAAGAUCCAGAAGCAAAUAAAGGUGCUAUACAAGAGACCAAGAGCCAUUAAUAAUACAACCAGUACUGGAAGAAGCCAACGAUAUGCUGACAAGAACAUUGGUCCAGCGGACUCUGCCAGCUGUACCAGUAGCCCAUGCCAGAAUGGUGGUACAUGUAUAAACCAAAGAAAAGGCUUUGUGUGCGCCUGUCGUCCCCCAUUUGGUGGUCCCAGCUGUGACAUAAAGCUAUUGGAUGAAAAUGCCUUGAAGACAGAUUUCUCGAGAGGAUCUUACAGAUAUGCCCCGAUGGUGACAUUCUUCGUAGCACACACUUAUGAGAUGAAAACUGCUGGUCCAAUCAAAUUUAACCAUCUCUAUGUCAAUUAUGGUGCUUCCUACGCACCCGGAAGUGGGAAGUUUUUGAUUCCUUACCUUGGCGUUUAUGUUUUUGAAUACACCAUUGAGUCUUCCAGCCCACACUUGUCUGGAUACCUGGUGGUCGAUGGAGUGGAUAAGCUCGCCUUUCAGUCUGAAGAUACCGACAGUGGAGUCUCUGGCAGCAGAGCUGUGACAGGUGAUGCAAUGCUGGAACUAAACUACGGGCAAAAUGUUUGGUUAAGAUUGGCAUCAGGCUUAAUUCCAGCAAAGUUUCCACCCGUGACAACAUUCGGUGGCUAUCUAUUGUAUCGCACAUAAGAGAAAGCAAUAGCACAAAUAUAAGAUAUAUAAACUGCUAGAAAACAAUAAAGCAUGUUUUACUGCUGAA